GUCGUUCUUCAAUUCCCAUAUAAUUGAAAAAUCCCCGGAAGAUCCGGUCUUCCAGAGAUUUUUUUUGUGAAACUUCCCACAACAAAGUACAAGCUUCUUGGUCCCAGCCGACCGUUUCCCUCGAGUUGAGCCUGGGGGACAUCCGGUCCCCUAAUAUCUAGGCCCCUAGGGUCCUGCCGAGCCGAAAGUAUCCUAAGCGGAACGGCAUUGUCACUAAAAACUUCCGUAGUAUCGGAAAUAAAGGCUCUACAACUAAAUCACAGAUAUUAUUUUGCUUCUGAGCUCGCCAAAAUGCGCUUUUCGACGACCUCCAAGGUGCUUCAACGCCUACAAUCCCGCAAUUGCCUCGGCCGGCCAGUGAUAUCGCACAAUAGCUUCACAUGGAUAACGGCGGAUAAUAAUCUAGUAUAUCGGUUAAGGCCGCUGAGUUCGGCUGGAUAUAAGACCAUUUAUUCGAGCCUUGUUAGAGAGCGCAUACCCAAUCACCAGGGGAGGCUUCCCGAAAAACGAUGUUUCAACACUCCAUCACUAUCCCCUUCAACCAGCCAUUCACAGCCUGAAGAAGCGCAAAGAUCGGUGAAUCAUUACGUUCCUCCCAAGACAGGACUCAUUGCCUAUCUACCCCAGUCAUGGAUACCGUACGCUGAGUUAAUACGCCUUGACAAACCUGCGGGCACAUAUUAUCUUUUCUUCCCUUGUGCCUUCUCGACGCUUCUUGCGGCUACUAUGACGCCUUCAGUUUCUCCUUUCCAACUCCUCGGAACUACUGGACUGUUCUUCGCAGGGGCUAUGAUAAUGCGAGGGGCUGGAUGUGCUAUCAAUGACCUCUGGGACCGGAAUUUGGAUCCGCACGUUGAGCGCACAAAAUUUCGGCCCAUCGCAAGGGGAGCAAUAUCUCCUAGAAAGGCAGUAGUUUUUACCGGUACUCAAUUGCUAGCGGGACUCGGAAUUCUGCUUCAGUUUCCGUACGAGUGUCUCUGGUAUGGGAUCCCUAGUUUACUACUAGUAACUACAUAUCCCCUUGCCAAGCGGGUCACCUACUAUCCGCAAGCUGUCCUAGGACUUACAUUUUCGUGGGGCGCAAUAAUGGGAUUCCCAGCCUUGGGGGUGGAUCUCCUAACCAAUCCAGAUGCCCUAAAGGCAGCUGCAGCCCUUUAUUCCAGCUGUAUUUCCUGGACUAUCUUAUAUGAUAUGAUAUAUGCACACAUGGAUAUCAAAGACGACGUGGCCGCUGGAAUCAAGUCAAUUGCACUUCGUCACGAGCAUAACACGAAGGCGGUCCUUUCCGGGUUGGCCGUCGUGCAAGUGGCACUGCUUGCUGCUGCAGGCGUUGCUUCGGGUGCUGGUCCAGUUUUCUUCGCUGGCAGUUGCGGUAGUGCCGCCCUCUCGUUGGGCCUCAUGAUCUGGAAGGUCCAGUUGAAGAGCGUUCAGAACUGCUGGUGGUGGUUCAAGAACGGCUGUUUAAUUACCGGUGGAGGCAUCUCCCUGGGACUGUUCUUCGAGUACCUUGCCCAAAUCUCUGGUGUGUACGAUAAGGAUAAGCAGUCCAACCAAGCCACGAGGUGAAAGUCAUCUCUCGGGCUAAUAUAA